ACUCAGCACCAGCCAUCAUUCUCACACACACUCGCUCUGACACACACAAACUCCCAGUAUGCAGCUGCCCGAACUCCUGAAACGCUUUGCAUGAGGUGGCCGUUACUCUGGAUUUUUAUGAUCCUGCAUAUUGAGUGUCCCCUCCUUCAGAGUGUGAGGGGGACGGGCUCCCCAGUGGUUACGGCUCUAGGGACUCCAUCCUCAGAGCCAGCACAGAGAGGGACUGGAAAAGACGAAAACGGGGGCAACUAAGGCGGCUUAACAGCUGCAGCAACUCCAGCGCUGAGGCUGGCACAGAGAAGCAGCAGCCUGCGUUUGGACUGAGUGGAGGUGCAGCCAUGCGCUGCUCCACCCUGCUCGCCAUAUUGACGGGGGUUCUUCUCUACUUGGUGCUGGGAGCUGUGGUGUUCCGUGCCCUGGAGGCUCCGCAGGAGGAGGGCGUGCACAUGAAGCUGCAGGACACACGCCGGGACUUCCUGCUGAACUUCUCCUGUGUUGACUCAGACAAGCUGCAGGUUCUUAUAGAGGAGGUGGUAGAGGCCACGGGAGCAGGUGUGGAUCCCAUAGGCAACGCUACAUUUGUCAGCAAAUGGGAUCUGGCCAGUGCCUUUUUUUUCUCAGGGACCAUCAUCACAACCAUCGGUUUUGGAAACAUUUCUCCCAAAACAGAAGGAGGGCAGCUGUUCUGCAUCUUCUAUGCCCUGGUGGGAAUCCCAUUGUUUGGUAUCCUGCUCGCUGGAGUGGGAGACCAUCUGGGUACUGGGCUGAGGAAAACUGUCGCCAAGAUAGAGAAGCUCUUCCUGAAAUGGCGAGUUAGUCCCACCAUCGUGCGUGUGAUCUCAGCUGUCCUGUCCAUCCUGUUGGGUUGUGUGCUCUUUGUUGCGCUGCCUAUCUUCGUUUUUCAAGAGGUGGAGGAGUGGACCCUGCUGGAAUCGGCCUACUUCGUGGUUAUCACCUUGACCACAGUGGGGUUUGGAGACUAUGUUGCAGGGGAUUCAGGAAAGGAAGGCAGCGACCACUGGUACAAACCCUUGGUGUGGUUCUGGAUCUUGUUGGGGCUUGCAUACUUUGCAUCUAUCCUCACAAUGAUUGGUAACUGGCUCCGGGUUCUUUCAAAGAAGACCAGGGCUGAGAUGGAGGAGUUGCGAGCCCACGCCACUGACUGGACUCAGAACAUCCAAAAUAUGUCGGUGGACUUUCGCAUGCCAGGAAAAAUUGAUGACCCCUUUAAACGGCGUAGGAGAAAGCGCCGCCACGGCCCUCGAAGCCAUGGUCACAGUGUAUCAGCUAACGGGGUGCCUGAAGGGCAAGAAGAGCAGCGUGAGAGUCAGGAAGAGUCUGGGUCAUAUUCCUCUUCAUCAUCGUCCUCCUCUAAUGAGUCAGGGUCUGGGUCGGAGACAGAUUCUCAGGCCACUCAGACGGAGCGAGUCCCAGAAGAAAAGCCUGCAGAACCCAAACAGGAGGAGGCUCCUCCUGACCCCCACCUGUCCCAGCCUCUGGACUACUUUGGUGAAAACCUUGCAUUUAUUGAUGAGUCCUCGGAUACUCAGAGCAGCAAACUACAUUUGGAUCCCCUGCUAAAUCCAACAAAGCCCAAUCCCCGUCAGCCAAAAAGGAGACGCCACAGAAGGCCAGUUCCUCAGAGGAACCAUAAAAACAACAGCUCCAACACCACUAACAAGAAGGAACCCAACGGAAACCCCAGAUCCGUUCCAGAUUUGCCACCCAAGCCUUGUGAUUGAUAGCAAAUGUAUUGACUCUUGUUGACAGAGGAGUUUUCCUUGUAGAAUAUAUACUGCCUGCAUACAGACAUUCAAGAUAAAAACAAGAUGUCGAAGCCUUAGCCACGUGUGGUUUUGCAUUUAAUGUUCUUAGCAUGUGAGUGUUUAUGCCUCCCUUAAAGGUGAUGAAGAGAUUUUCAUGCCAGUGUUCCCUUUACUUGCUGAGGAGUUACUGCUCUCUAGUGGGCCAGGACUGAAGUGCAGUACGACUCUGUGACCAUGCUUUAUAGUAGUCAAGAUAAACUUUAUAUAGCAGUGUGCUGAAGAGAGGCUUCUCUGAUCUGUGACAGUAACUACUGAAUCCCUCAAACAAAUAAACAGGUACUCGAGAUCCUCUUGUACAUUUUUGGUAUGUAUUGAAAUCUUUUUUAAAUCCUGUAAACUGCAUUAUAUUUAGAUUUUCAUGGCCAAAUGCAUUUAAUUAUAUUGCACUACAUACAUCUGCCUAAUAAAGUUGUUUUUAAUAA